AUGGAGGCCGCUGAACGUAGUUCGUCGAUCGACCUCUCCAGCGUGCCUGGCAGCGACACCGAACCCCCUCCAGCCAGCCUGAGCAACAUCAUGAACAACGGCAACGCUAACAAUUCUGUACAAAAUCCCUACAUGAGCACCUUCCAAACCUCGGGGGCCCGCCAAGACCCUGGGCCGGCGAAGAAGCCACGCAAGCCAAAAGUCACCAAACCAAAGACCGACUCAGACACUGCCAAACCUGCUCGAAAGCCACGAGCCUCUAACGGAUCAGCUCCUAGUUCUCGAAAGAAGCCCAAAACUGAGCAUACUGACGAUCGGAGUACAAUACAAGAGGUGCCGCCCUCUGUAGGCCUACAGGCCUCCCGAUUGGUCGAGCCCUACACAUUUUCAUCACAACAUGCAGGCCCCGGCCAACCUCCCCACCCGAGUGAAGCCGCCAAGACUUCCCAAAACGGUCUUUCACAUCAUUCACCUCAGAUGCACUACCAACCACCCGUGCCUCAACCACAAUCGCGUACCACUUCAAUGUAUGACCCUAUCCGAGGCUCUAUCACGGUCCAGGAAUCCGUGCAGCCUACACCGACCCCACAAAUUACACACACUCCUCCUCGACCAGUAUCACGUUCUGGCGCAUCUCCAAUAUCGAGCCUGAUCGAGCCUACGGUGCCGCUGACUACCGCUCCGUCACCAUUGCGACUCUUCUCAACGCCGUCAGAACCACAACCCGUCCACGCUGAGCCACGCGAAAAAGUACCUGCAGUGCAGAAUUUGAACGCAGUGAUGGAGGUUGACGGGGCCAACGAGGCAUCAACGUCGAGAAAAGCGUCUGUCAGUAAGGAGCCUCCUAAGCCACCUACACGCGCUGCAUCUCCGAAGCCCGCUCGAGCAAAAGAGAAACCUCCACCGUUGCCGGCAGGCAAUGGACUACUGUCAGCCACUGUUUUCGGUGGAGGAGAUCCGCUGAGUCUAUUUGACAAGAAUGAUACAGCUACGACUGGGCCGAACAUUGUAUUACGCGUCGACUUGAAGAAUCCCAAGAAUCAGAUCAUCAAUUUUGCUCGCACCGCAGAGGAGAAGUAUGGCUUCGCAGCGCUCUAUCCCCGACAAGCCGCUCAGAAGGCUCGACUGGAGCGAGUUGCAGCGGCAGGCGCCGCACUUGAGAGAUCGGCCUCAGGCAGCAAGGCUAACUCUGCCGGAGAAAGUGGCGAUGACGACGCCGCAAGUGUCGACAUCGACCGGGACACGGACAAUGAUGGUGACGUCGCCAUGGGUGGGACAAAUGGCCUGGCAGAAGGUGCAAGCGGCACCGAUGCUGAGCCAAAGAAGAAGGUGACACGACGAAAGAAGGUGGAAGAAUACGAUCUAGAUGAUGACUUUGUGGAUGACAGUGAGCAAGUCUGGGAGGCGCAAGCUGCAACAAGCAAAGAGGGCUUCUUCGUCUACUGCGGACCGCUGGUGCCCGACGGCGAGAAGGCCACCAUCGAGAGAGCCGAUGGCACCGUCAAGAACCCACGCGGCGGUCGUGGACGUGGAAGAGGUGGUGGCCCAGGCUCGCGUGGUGGUCGAGGUGCUCGUGCUACUGCCGGUGCGGCAGCGCGUGAUGCAAACGCUACCUCGAAUGCUGAUUCCGAACGGCCAAAAACCGGCCCAGGCUCGCGUGGUGGUAAGAUCAAUCGACGACCUCGGGUUACUAAGCCUGCGGCUGCUGAGGACAAGCCUGCUCUGCCGAAAGCUGAGCCUGUACCUGCGACUUCUGCGCCCAUGGAGCAGCAGCAGGUGCAGCAAGUUCCGCUGCAUGUAUAA